UAGUGAGCGGAACUACAGAUCGAUGUGCCUAGAUAUUUCAAAUAUUUCCCACUUACGCCUAGGCAGUAUCCGAAUCUGAGCCGGAACGAUCGCCAGGAUGCCCGAGGAUGUUAUGGUGCCCGCUGGGGACUACAAGCUGGUCAAGCAGAUCCGCAGGACGCAGCGCCGCAAGAAGGACCUUCCGUGGACGAAGAGGGUGUUCGACAUAGACGAGCAGAAGCUGUUUGGCCGCACUGCAUUCGCUUGGUUGCGAAUCACGCUCUACUACCUGUUCCUAUACUUCCUUAUUUUUUUAAUAGUGGCUUUUUGGGUCACCAUCUUACUGCUAGCGAUCAUCGAUCCGAAAAAGCCGCGCUGGCUCAAAGGUCAUCCGGGUCUGUCGAUGGUGCCCAACCAAAACCGAUCCGUGCUGGAAUACUUUACGCACUUAGCGAAUGAGGUCAACCCGAUCGCGGACCGCAUCGACGAUUGCCUGAACAAAUUAAACGACAAUGCCAUUGACUUCUUCAGCGACUUCAACCAGGACACGACGUGGGGCUACGCAACCGGAAAGCCGACCGUCUUCAUUAAGCUAAACAAGGUUAUCGGCUUCCAGCCGGAAACCUACGACACUCCAGACGACUUGCCCAAGAAUGCGCCCUCGAGCCUUCAGGGCACCGUGGGCAAGCUGGGCAACACGCCGAAGAUCUGGCUCACCUGCGAGGUGACCGAAGGACCCAAGCCCGACAUGGUCUUCUACCCGGGUCCAUAUUUCGAGGCCUCCGAGGAGAUGACAGGUGUGACACGCGUGGUGGCCAUCCAGAUGAACAAGAUGCCCAAGAAUUCAAAGGUCUUCUUCCACUGCAAGGUGUGGGCACGAAACAUUCCCAUCGAUAAUUACCAGGGCACGGGGCAUUUGAAGUUCGCGCUGAACAUGCGCUUUGACAAAGACAGCAACCAGGCCUCCACCCAUAAGUCCACUACCCCUCGACAAGACCCAGUCCCACCAGCCGACGGUCCCGCCGAGCCGAAUAAAGGGCGACCAGAAGAUCAGCUCGGCGGAUUGGAAAUGCCGCCUUCGCCGGAAAAUGAGAGGGACGCCCUCGACAAAAUGGGAUAUAAUCCCCAGAAGGAGGACAUGACCGAGCCACCCAGCUAAUUGGAAUUCAAAUCUAUCCCUUAAAUCGUUUUCAUCCAUUCAAACGUACCUCCAAUUGGAGUGUUUCCAAAAUUUGUUUAUGUGCAAAUACAGAACUCUGUUUAGUGGUUAUUUAAAUUCUCCUAAA